AUGACUUCUAUAUUCCAUUCCGGUCUCUCAAAAGAUCUUUUAUCAAUAUUAAAUGAUGCUGACGAUCAUAACGUUAUUAUUCAAGUUGGUGAAAACCAAAACACAAAAGAAUUUCGUGCUCAUUCAGUAAUUUUACGUGCUCGUUCUCCUUAUUUUAAAAGUGCCUUUUCUGCCGAUUGGAUUACAAAGAAAAAUAACAUGAUUAUAUUUAACAAACCAAAUAUCACUCCGAAAGUUUUUGACAUGAUUUUAAAAUAUAUUUAUACCGGUGAACUUGAUUUGGCAAAACAAUCGGGUGAAGAUAUUCUUGGUUUAUUAGUUUCUUCUGAUGAAUUACUUAUCGAUGAAUUAUUCAACCAUGUUCAAGAUUAUUUAAUCGAAAAACAAACUAGUUGGGUUCAAAAAAAUUUUGUUCUUGUUCUCCAUACUGUGUUUCAACUCACUAGUUGCAAGAAAUUACAAGAUUAUUGUCUUGAAUCUAUCUGUGAAGAUCCAGAACCAUUCAUCUCUUCAAAAACGUUUCUUUCGUUAGAUAAAGAUAUUCUUUUUGGUUUACUCAAACGGAAUGACUUGCAAAUUAAAGAAAUUGCCGCUUGGGAUUGUUUAAUUAAAUGGGGUAUUGAACAAACACCUGGUUUAGGAAGUAAGAAUAGUGAUAGAACCAAAUGGAAUAAUGAAAAUUAUGAAGCAUUAAAAAAAACUUUAAACAAAUUUAUUCCUCUUAUUCGGUUUGUGGAAAUUUCUUCUGAAGAUUUUUUUGAUAAAGUUCGUCCUUAUAAAGCUAUUAUUCCUCACCAUAUUUAUGAAGAAGUCGCUGAAUUUUAUUAUAAAAAAACUUUACCAAAAACUACAACAUUGCCACCUCGUACGGGAAAAUCAGGAUCAUUAACAUCAACAAUUAUUAAACCAAAACUCAUAAAUAUAAUUUCUAAUUGGAUUGAUAGAAAUAAUUCAGCAGCUCACUCAAACAAUGACAAGUAUAAAUUUAGUCUUAUUUAUUUGAUGAGCCGUGAUGGAUUUGAUUACAGAACAUUUUAUAAUAAAUGUAAUGGACAAGGACCAUUUGUAGUAUUAAUAAGAGUUCAAUCAAAGAAAAUCUAUGGUGGUUAUAAUCCAAUUGGAUAUGCGGGGAGAAAUAAUCGUUGGUUGUCUUCAAUAGAAAGUUUUAUCUUUUCUUUCGAAAAUGAUCAAGAUAUACAUAAUAUGAAAAUUGGCAGGGUAACUAAUACAACCUAUUCUGUAUAUGAUAAUCGCAAUUCUAAUAAUUUCUUUAAUUUUGGAGGUGAUUUAUAUAUCAGCGAACAAAAUCUUUAUGUUGGGUUUAAUAGUGCUCAUUAUGAAAAUAUUUUCGGUGGAGGUCAAUCACCUUCUAUUGAAGAAAUUGAAGUAUUCAGUGUGAUUAAAAAAUAA